AUGUCUUGUGAACAUGAAGGUUCUGAAAAUCUGAUUUUCAAAAAUAAAGGUAUUAACAAACUAAUUGUUGAAUGCAAAGGUAUUGGUAAACUAAUUGUUGAAUGUAAAGGUAUUAGUGAACUAAUUAUCAAAUGUGAAAGUACUAAUAAACCAAUUAUUAAAUGUAAAAGUAUCAGUGAACUGAUUGUUGAAUAUAAAAAUAUUGAAAAAAUAAUUGAUAGAUAUGACAGUACUGAAGAAAUACUGUUUGAAUAUAAAAGUACUAAUGAUACAACUUUCAUAUAUGAAGGUACAGGUGAAAUAAUUUAUAAAGAUAUUAGUGAUACAAGUUUUAAAUCUGAAAGUACCAGCAAGACAACUUUUGAAUAUUAA